AUGGAGAUAGCACCGGCGGCGACUUCGGCGAUUCCGGCGGUGAGUACGAUAGAAGAAGAAGCUUUCGCACCGGAGAGUCCGGCGGCGAGUGCAAAAGGAACGGUUAAACCGUCGGAGACACCGAUGAUGAUGUCACGGACGACUUCUCCGGCGGUGAAAUGUUUCUCGGUGUGA